AUGGCAGGAAAGAGAAAAGAAUUCAACGUGCUUUUACUCGGUGACGUGGCAGUAGGAAAGACAGCACUCGUUCACCAGUUCAUAUGCGCGGAAUACCUGGAACAUUACACACAUACCUUCUAUGAUGACUAUCGGAUUCCCGCUGUUGUGGGGUCGGAGGUGGUUGAUGUGCACGUUUACGAUACCGAUGAUCCCACCGCACUUCUACCAAUUACCCAUGCGGUCAUUGGUGUGUUCAGCCUCACCUCAAAAGAGUCGUUCCAGCGUCUGAGGCUGUUCUCCAGUAUCUUCUUGGAUUUCCAGAAAUGUGGAGGCUUGGAGGCCAUCACCUCUCCGCCUCUCCAGCAUUCGAAGGAUCUAACAUUAGUACUCCUGAUUCCGCCCCAUACUGCACCUUCCGGAUCAGAAAGUCUGAGCACCCUAAUCGUACUCGAUGGAGCAAUCGUGGCGAUGAUCACCAAAAACUUCUCACACCUGAUCAGAAAGUCCGAUGGCGACAAGAUAUCUGGAGGCCGGUUCGAAGGCAAACCCUGGUCGAUACUGAGGGCGUUGAGGAUUGUGGAAAUGGAGAGUGUUGAUAACGAGGAAAUAUGCGUUGUGGCAAAAGAAUCGGAAUGGAUCGCCGCCGUCAUCGCAUCGUCAUCCAGAACCGCGCAUGGUUCUGCCUACGACAGUGGCCGACGAAUAGCUCUAAUGCCGGGGAAGAAAUUCUGGGUGCCUCUCAUUAGCGGACAAUAUACUGGCACAGGACCGUCGGAACUCGCGCUCCUCCGGACAUUCCUUCUGUCACCCCAAAGGCCACAUGUAGUGUUUCUCGAAUUUGAGGUCAUGUCAAAGAGAGCCGAGCAGAGCCAGCUCGGUGGCCAGGCUCCUAAGGUGAUAGUUGAGCUUUGUGAUAAACGGUUAUCACUUGAGCGCAAUAUCGAGGCCAGAGGGAUUUUCAUUAACGAAGAUGGUGACUAG